UCUCUCUCUCUCUCUCCGAAAUCAGCUGCCUGGCUCCCCCACGCAUGCUCUCCGCCGCACUCACUCGCCGCCAGCAGCGCAUGCAACAGCUUGGCGGGGCAAGCACCGAUGCUUUUCUCGCACCCGGGGGCACCUGAUGACUCAGGCAGAAUCCUCCAAGAGAGGUGCGUGGAAUAGCAUGGCAGAAGUCUGGUCUAGAGAUGGGCAGUGCUAAGGAGCCUGAGGCUUUGCAAUCAUUGAAAAAAGAAGUUGCUCCAGAAGAUGUUCAUCAGCCCAACACCAGCUUGCCUUGCAGUCAGGAGAAAGGCAGCUGCCUCCAGAACACCAAAUGUGACGGAGGGGAACUUACCAUGAGGAACUGCUGUGUAAAUGAUCUAGGCACCAAAGACAGCUGUCAAGAAGAUACCAUGGUGGACAACCCCAGCCAGAAGAAGGCUCCAGCUGUGGAUGCACCACCUUCUAAGGAUCUAGCUGCUGCAACUGGAACUGUGGCUCUUAAAGACACUGGGAAUGAAAAAAGUCCACUGGAAGGAUUAGGAGGCACAGAAGCUAUUAGUGACUUGUGUCACAACAGUGAGCAGAGAUCCAGCAUGAAGGAACUUCCCAGUAGUUCAACCAAUACCUGCACCCCUUUGGAAGGAAAAUAUUCUGGGAAAGCCAGUCCUGCUGCUGAAAAGAGAAAUGCUGAGGAGGCUUGUAGGCCCCUCCCAGCAGAAUCCUGCCUUAAGGGAGCCAAUAAGGACUCCUCCAGUGCACCAGCUUCCAUGAAACAUGUUGCAUUUCUUGAACCAACCAAAAACAAAGAUGAGCCAGGAAGUGUCAGAACAGGAAUGGUACCAUCUGAGCUGGGUCCAGACCUUACCACAUGCCUGCAGAAAACAAGCCAAGGGCAGCUUGAUGUCUCUAAGGGAGACUUGUGUAAACUUAAGGGUGCUUCCUGUGAAGCAGAAGAACAUGUCAAUGAAGGACAAAGAGAUACCCUUGUGCAGGAAGCCUCCAAGGAAUCUGUCUCAGAGCCCACAGGAGCAGACACUGCACCAGGGAAGUUGGGGAAGUCAGGAGCAGAAAUGAACCCGUUGGGUCCUACUGCAGGGAUGAGGCCUCCUGUUAUAAAAGUUAACACAGGUGUGGGCUCCAGUGGAGUAUCAGAAACUCUGACAGCUGCUGCUGCUGUUACUGCCCAUGAAAUCAAAUACCAGAGCACAUCAGGAGAUACUGAAACAACACCAGGUCAAGCCACACAGGAAACAGAAGGGCUCAGAGAAGCAUCACCCUCCAGCCCCGAGGGUAACAACAGAGCUCAGGAACAACAAAAGUCAGUAGUGACUAGCACGAGUACAAAUGAAGGACACGUAUCAGGUGUAGAGACCGAGUCUGUGGAGCCUCUUCCCAAGGUCUGCUCAUUUGAGAUCACUGCUCCCCAGCAAGAUGCUGGGACUCAAGUUGACAAUCGUGUGUCUUUGGUGUCAGUUGCCAUCAGCCCCAUCAAUCCACCGGAUGGUUCCACAGCCUUCACCUUCCACGCCAGGGGCUUGGCACCACUCUCUUCUCUGAAGAGCCCUGGCCCAGAACAGAAACCUACCAAGAAGGAUGUGGAGAUGCAAGUGUUCAUUCCAGUAGAGACCCGAUCAGUGGCCACAGGGCCCAUGACUCCAGUGACCAAAUCCCCCCAAGCCUCCUAUCCUGAGGUGCAUGUCAAAGGGGCACAGGAAGAGGCAUCAGAGCCCGUGCGCGAGGUCAGCUGGGAUGAGAAGGGGAUGACAUGGGAAGUGUAUGGUGCCUCUAUGGAGGUGGAGGUGCUGGGCAUGGCCAUCCAGAAGCAUCUGGAAAAGCAGAUUGAAGAACAUGGCCGGCAGAUAGUGAUGACUCCUCAGAGCACCCGUGCCAGCUCCAUUAAGGGCGCCCCCCGGAAGGGCGAGAUCAAGAGGCAGCCAAGUGUGUUCAGGGCACUCCUACAGAAUGUGCGUCGGCCCCAUUGCUGCUCCCGAGGGGGCCCAGCUGUGGAGUAAAGUGGGCACUUGCCUUCUGUUAGGUUUUAUAGCAGCUGGAAAUGCAAAUGUGAUGUAGUUUCUCAGGCAAUGUGUGAGCCCAUUCCUUUUAAGUCUUCUGAAUCCCAGGUAUUUGGACACUGAAAAUGAAGGCCACACGUUGUUUUACAAGGGUGACAUAAAUAUCACUUUGCAAGGUACAACUGGGCUGGUCCUGAGGAGGUUUGAUGUUCCAGAAAGCAAUGCUCAUUCUUGAAGUACAGUUUUGCAUCUUGGGAAGUGGUUUCCACAGUGCCAAACUUAUUUAGAUACAAUAUGCAAAACUGCCUAAAAUCUUUGGGGGGGGGGGGGCUGGAGACAGUCUCUGGGUUUUUGUUGUUGUGGUGGUGUUUUGUUUUUGUUUUUUUGCAUUAUUGCAGGCAUAGUUCCCUGACAGGCCAGAUUCAUCAGUUUUUGACUUCUAAGAACCCUCAGCCAGACAGUCUUUCCCAGCCUAAUUGCCUGAGGAUCAAAACAGACACGACCGAAGCCUUGGGUAAAAUGCUUUCUAUCCAUACCCUAUCAGGUAGAAAUACGCUUAUAGUGUGAGUUGGUCCACUUUUCUUUAGAAGUAGCAAGCAUGCCUUUGUUGCAUUGCCCAGUCCAUGGACGGAUGAGUCUAACGUCACAUAUCAAUCAAUCCAUGUAUUUUGUAAAGCGUGUUCCUACAUGGAUGGAACAUGCAUUGUUACCAGGCAGCAACUGUUUCAUCCAUAGGAUCAGUUCUCGCGAUCUUUUGUUUCAAACUCCAGAGAUUCCCUUUGAUCUGGAAUAACUGACCCCAGGACUUCAAUAACAUGCAUCUGAUUGCCAAUCCUCAAGUCCCUUUAGCAUGUGGAAGGGUGUGCAGUAGAAGCUUUUCAUGGCAUGGAGGUAAUUAGCAUCGCCUGGAAAAGAACAACCCACUCAUGGUAAAGAUCCAGCGUGGUUCAGUGGUUAAGAGCAGUCGACUCUAAUCUGGGGACCGAGUUCAAUUCCCCGCUUGUCCACAUGAAGCCUGCUGGGUGACCUUGAGUUAGUCACAAUCUUCUCAGAACUAACCCAGAACUUGGGUUAGUCACAAUUCUCUCAGAACCUGCCACACAAGGUGCCUGUAGUGGGAGAGGAAGGGAGGGUGAUUGUAAGCUGCCUUGAAAUGCCUUACUGUAGAGAAAAGGUGGGGUUUAAAAACCAACUCCUCUUCUUCUUCUAAGCCUUUGUUAAAAGAACAGGUCAUUUCUUUCUUCAAGCAGUUGGCAACCCAAAUCACUAAAGUGUUGCCACUUGAACUAUGUUAUAUUCCAUAAGCACAAUGUGAAUCCUCCAAAACUGGAACACUUUAUCUGAUUCACUGUACCAUGUACAUCUAUGGCUACCAAUCUUGAUCUAUGGCUACCAACCUUGAUCCUCCUUGAUCUCAGAUUGCAAAUGCCUUAGCAGACCAGGUGCUCAGGAGCGGCAGCAGCAGAAGGCCAUUGCUUUCACAUCCUGCACGUGAGCUCCCAAAGGCACCUGGUGGGCCACUGUGAGUAGCAGAGUGCUGGACUAGAUGGACUCUGGUCUGAUCCAGCUGGCUAGUUCUUAUGUUCUUAUGUCAUUAAGACUUCAAUCAUGUGCCACUUAUCAAGGAGUAAGUCCCAUGGGAGUCUGUGAGACUUACUCCUAAGUAAAUAUUCUUAGGCUUAUAUUGCCACUCUCUCCUUACAAACAGAAACCUCUGGCUUUCAGUUCAGCUGCAGGGCAUGCAACCAAAAUGCAAGCUCUGCAUAACAUUACUCUCUCCUUUACAAAAUAAAUGUUUCUGUCUUUAAAUCUGUAUCAUCUUUGUAUUUCCAGAUAACUUGAUGGGCAAUUCAGCUUUGCAGAAGAACGUUGGCAAAACCUCUGGUAGCUGUCUCAAAAGACACAAGCCAGAUUUCUUUUCCAGAAUUUAUUUUUUUUAAAUGGCAUUUAUACUAACUUGCUCUCCUUUCUACCAACCUUCUGAGCUGUGCCUCAGGAGCAACAUGGGUUGAACACUGCUGGAUGCAGCACUCACGUAACUGUAUACAUAUUUACGAACUGCAGUUUUGUCCUUCCCUGACAGCUGUUUCGAAGCCUUCUGGCUGCUUGUACAUGCAGCUGCCAGUUUAGAACCUCUUAAAACUUUUUUUCUUUUCUUUCUUUCUUUUCUUUAAUGGUCUCUGACAAGGCCAGCGCUGUGGGAGGCACUUUAAGAGAUGGUCAGUGAGUCAGGGAAUUGAUGGAUGACAUUCAAAGCAAAGGAAAACAGCUCCUUGUUUGUGUUAUCACAAAAGCUCUCAUCUAGUCUGAGAACAGACUGGAAAAGCAGCAGGGUUAGCAGUAAAGGCAUAGUUGCAUGGCAGUAGAUGAGACCAGAAGGUGGUGUCAUGUGCCCCCUUGGUUCAAGGCAGGAUCAUCCCACUAUGGGAUUUUCCUUGAAGAUUAACCUACAUAAUAUCAAAAAUAGGCAUGGUCUCCAGAAGCAAGUAACAGCCAGGGCUUUUUUGUUUCGAUAUGAGUGGCUGCUUGUCCUAAGGAUAUGUUGUGACAAUGGAGACCAUUUCAUUGGCAGUUUUCUUCCUGGGAUUUGGAGUGGGUUUCAGCCACCAUGCAAAACCGCAGCUUGGGGAAUCACGCGCAUAGCUUGACAUGCUCUGUACAGCAGCCCACUUUCAGCACCUCCUGCCCCUUGGCUAGCCAUGUGACCGGCAGCAGGAACCAGGUGAUGUUAUUUGCCUCCAUGUCAUUAAAAGCAUCAACUGCUCAUUUCCACGCAUUGAACCUCUGUUAAAAAGACAGGACAUUUCCCCUUUGACUACUUCAGGGUCAUGUCAGCUUCUUAGCAACAGCUUGAUUCUGAAGCACUGUGAGGCCAAAGAGUUUUCCUACAUCCUGCUGGGGCUGUCUUGGAUAACAGGCAAAGGUGGUGGUGCCACUGAGGAGCCAACUUGCCUGAGAAACUCAGAUCAUUUGGAAGCAUCCCCUUUCUGUGUGGGAGAGUGGCUUGCUGUGGGCUCUGGCUUGUGUGCAUGUGAGCGUGUGUGCCUUUGCCCUCUUUGCAGUCAGUGCGGUUUUUUCCCCUCCCAGAGAGCAAAGAGAUCGGCUGCCAUCAAAAACACAGCUAAUUUUUAUGUUCCUGGGUUUUUUUCCAAGAGGGUUGGACUGGGGUGUUUUAUUCAUAUGUGUUGGGAUAUAGGGUCUCUUGAAAAUACUUUCUUAACUCUGUUGUGUUUACUCUGAAUCGAGUUCUUGUUUUUCUGAAAGCGUCAUGAUGCUGCUGUUUCCUCUUUCUGCUUCCCCUCCACCAUCAUUCCUUUUCUUCCUUCAUGCAUUGAGAUUUCAUGAGUUUUCUCUAAACAAUGGAAUUUGGGAAGGGAUAGUAGGGACAGCCUACUGCCACAGUGUACAAGGAGAAGGGGAGAAGGGAUGGUGACAUGACAGAAACCAUAACUCUUGCUUUAGACACUUUUUUCCUCCAGCAUUCUUUCAUUAGAUAGGUUUCAGGGGUCUCUCCCAGCUGAAAAAUAUCAUGUCCCAAAACCUUCCCCUUUUUGUGGAGUUGGAGAAUUACAGUUGCUGACCCUUUUCUGGUUGGAUUCCUCCACCUAGUCUCAUUAAAUUCAGCAGACUAAGCCUUUUCCCUGCCAUGCACCUGUUGAAUUUCCUCCUUUUGUGCAGUCCAAUACUGAAUGUCGAACGCAGUCCUUUUAUGCAGGGAUGGACCAAGUAUAUUUUGAACAGGGCAGGUUUUCUGACUCUUUAAGAACUCUGAAGAAUGGGCGCAUUCAGUAGUGCCUCCCCAACUUUCACUGUAACACUGUGAGGAAGCAGCUAAACCUGAAGUCCACCUCUAAUCCUCAGAGCUCUCUUAAACAGACAGAAACCUUGGUUCUUUGGUAAUAUUAUAAUGCUAAAUAAGGGAAGGGAGGCUGCAUGACUGACUGGGGCGGAGGGGGGCAGCAUCUCCUUCCAAUGGCAUCUCAUUCAGCUGGGAUGGUCUUUGCCUUAACGUUGGAUUGCCUGUGGUCAGCACAGGGUAGCAGUGUCAUGUUCAGAUCUUGAUAAAGGAACUUUUCUCCACAGACUCAACACACUUGGUCCUUUAAAAUACUAGUGUGCUCCAAUACAGAGAGAAAGGUAUGUGCCCAGUUGCUGUCCACCAGACAUCUGUCUGUGAUCUGUUCUCAGUGAGAAAGUGCAGCCUCUACCUCCAGCAGGUUACCGUAGAUAAAGAUCUGUGCUCUCAGUAGCCUGUCAGUAGUCAAUUGCUGCAAGUGGUGAUGCUGAUUUCAGUACAAGGCACUUCCAUAACCCCAGUUGCAAUGGGAAAAGAACUGGUCAAAUGCAGUCGAGUCAUUAGCAAAAACUCUGCCUUUCUGUGCAUAUGUUUGAUACUGUAGCCUAUUUCAGGAAAAAUAUGUUAGUAGUAAUAUACAAAAAUAUGUUGUAUAUUUCUCUGCCACAGAACUCAACAUGCCAGACUUUGUUGUAGAAUGCUCCACCUGGCUCCUAGUGCCUGCCUAGCCCUGUUCCCCUCCAUCCGUUUGAUUGUAAAAAAUACAUUUUGGCAUUCAGUUUAAUUAUACAACAUUGGCACACAGCUCACUCACACACCUUUACUCCCGGUUGGCCUUCCCCAUGUGCCAUGCGCAGCGAGGAGAGUUCUCUUCAGAAGUAGAUAUGCCCACUCCUGCUCCAUCAGCCAUUUUGCCAAGAAAAAGUAUGACGCAGUUUGCAAAAGGCAAGUAUGGAUGAUAGUUGUUCAAUGAGCUAUAAAUGGCUCCUGUAUCAAAGUCUGUGUUCAGUAAUGUACAAAAUAAUGGUUUUGACAAAGGCAGCACAUAAAAAUGAAUGAUAAUUCUCAUAUUCGUCUUGGACUAUAUUUUAAUGUGGAAGCAUACAGUUUUCUCAACCGCAGCAUGUCAACUGACCGUACUGACAUCUUUUUCUGAGACAGAGUAUAGUAACCUGUCACAGGUUACCUAGUAUUGUUAUCCUUGGAGAAUAGUUAGAUAAGUAUGGGAGGAUUUGUUACAGCCAAAGGAAGGCUCGGAUUCUUGAAGCACUCAGUAUUAUUCAUAAGUCGAGUUCAGAGACUUUGGGGUCACACUAACAGGUUUGUACACAAACCCCGGAUUUCUGGCACCAGCAUUUUCACUGGGAUCUGCAGCUUCAUGACUUAUGCUACAAGGAGCAUGCAGAGAAGUGUUCAAGAGAACAACAAGCAAGAGGUUAGGUGUUGGGAGGUGUCCCUAAUUUGAUUUGCUGGCUUCGUGAACAUGACGUUGUAAAGCUCUCUAAGACCCUAAAUCCACGCUGCGUAAUGUGCUUGAAGAUACAGCAACUGUGUGCCCCUGUCCCUGGUGCCUCCCUUUUCCUGACCCACAGAAUUGCUGAGGGCCCUUCCCAUUCCUUCGUCCUGCCUAGUGUGCUGUUCUCAGUAUGGUGUUUACGUGCCACAUGGAUCUAUAAUACCAAGCAAUGAUAAGCUGUUAACAGUAACUUUGCCUUUGGUUUCUUUUUUCCCUUCUCUGUUUCUUUAGGGUACAAUCUUGUAAACUUGGCUGUUGGAUAAUAAAAUCUUCUGCAGAAAAAAAAA